CAGCUUAGCAAAGCUGAUAAUGGCUGCAGUUGAGGUGGCACUUUCAGGUCUAUAGAUCGCUAAAAAGGAAAACAACUUCAACACGUAUGGCCGAAACCGCCUGCGGAUAUAACCGUCUUUGACAGAAACCGACAUAUAAGUCAAUGUUUUGUUCGACUAUAAUGUUUCGUGACUAGUUUGUCCCGAUAAAUUCCUCCUGGACACCAAGCAGCUGUUGUUAGCCGGUGUUUUAGUUCUUGCUAAAUGCUCCUAAUAGUAGUAAAACCCGCUUAGUUACGCACCCAAAUAAGUGGAUUUUAAUACCACAUACGUUAAUAUAUUGUACAAUUUAUAGUUUAGCUUAAUGUCCGAGUUGACCUCGUAAGAGUAAAGCUAAAGCCGUGGCUAGCUCUCCUGUCUCCCUCGGACUUGUUUUGUUUUUGUUGGGCUAACAGCCCCUCAAUAUGUCCUCCUGGCUGGGUGGACUAGGCUCUGGCCUCGGCCAGUCCCUGGGAAAUGUCGGUGGGAGUCUGUCAUCGUUCACCGGGCAGAUAUCAAACUUUACCAAAGAUAUGCUUCUGGAAGGAGUGGAAGAAGUCGGUGACGCUACAACAGAAUUACACGUGUCCAAUUCCAAGUUGGCUGAGCUGGAGGCUGCAUUCGCUGCUCAAAAAUCUGAGUAUGACAGGUUGAAAAAACUUCACUCAGAGCUGGAGGAGAAGCUGGAGGCAUCAGAGAUCCAGAUUAAACAGCAGUCUGCUGAAUACAGAACCCUGCUGCAACAGAAAGAUGUGGAAAUCAGCCACCUCAAAGUACGACAAACUAGCCUCCAAGAAGAAGUCCAGAAGCUGCAGCAGUCUGCGCAGUCUGCCUCCUCGUCAGCGGCCGUGCUGCCAGUGACCACAUCUUCCCUAACUGCUACCUCCUCGUCUCCUUCCACCUUCCUGACACGUCACACAGGGUCUCAUCAUGGCUUCCAAGGCGACGAAGUGGACCUCAGUGAUGUUCUGUGGUCGCAGCAAGAAAUCAACAGGCUGUCCACAGAAGUCAUGCGUCUAGAGGCGGAGGUAGCACAUUGGAGGAGAAUAUCGCAGACAUCAACCACAACAGGAGCUGGUAAUGGCGACCAGGGAGAGAUUCUCAAACUACAGAGGACUAUUAAGGAGUUACGAGAUGAAAUGAGUCGAGAGGUGGAUGAGCAUCAGCAUGAGCUUGCAGCCAUACAGGAUGCCCAGCGACAGAAGUUGGCAGAAAUUACACGGCGCCAUAGAGAGGAGCUCUCAGAGUAUGAGGAGAGGAUCGAAGAACUGGAGGAGCAGAUACAGAGCGGGGGCGGUCACGUCAGUUCCCUGUCAGAUUCCUCCAAACUACAGGAGCUCCAGAAGGAAAUUCGGUCCCUCCAGGAAGCAGCUGAACAACGUGAGAAGCAGCUGGCCGAGCUAUCAGCCAGUCUGGAGGAUGCACGGACGAAACAGACCUCUCUGCAGCAGGAAAGGGAUGAAGCCCAGGAGGAGAACGCAGACCUGCUGCAGAACUACUCGCGGCUGCAGGCUUCAGUAACUGAACUCCAGACACGAGUACAGGAGCAGGAGGGGAAGGCUCUGCAAAAAAACCAAUAUGAGCAUGAGAUCCAAAACUUAAGAAAUAACUUAGAAGCUGCAGAAAAGGAGAUAGAGAGACUGAAGAACAUUUCAGAGGAUGAGCCAAAGGAAGAGGUUGCGGACAUCUUGGAGUUAAAUACCAUUAUUGGGACGUUAAGGCAAGAGAAGGAAGCUCUGGAACAAGAAAAGCUUAACCUGCAGCACAGCCUGAAACUAGCAGAGGAGCAGACGGUUGGCCGUAAUGCAUCGUUGAUGGAGUCUGAUGAGGCAGAGUCUCUAGAGCAUCUGAAGGUAGAGCUGGAGAGGAGAGAGAAGAUCCUGAGAGCAACCGAGGAGGAACGCGACACCCUGAUGUCUGAGCUGGAGGAGUUGGACCGACAGAACCAAGAAGCUACACAGCAUUUCAUCACAGCGAAGGAGCAGCUCUCUGGACAGUUGAAGGAAGCGGAGGCAGAGCUGAUCAGAACAACUGCAGAGCUCAACACCACCAAGGACCUGAAAAGAGCACUAGAGCAGGAGCUGGAGACCCAGAAAGAGAAAAUGAGCCAAAGCGCGUUCACCCUUAAUGACCUCCACAUGAGCAAACAACAGCUGGAACAGACGGCGAAGGAGCUGAGAGAUGCACUGGGACGUGCACAGGAGCAGAGUCGGGAAGCACGCAGAGAAGUGGCUGAGCUGAAGAAGAGUCUGCAGGAGCGAGAGGAGGAGUUAGCUGCUGCUGAAGCAGAGAGGCAUGUAGCGGGUGGACAGAGCGAGGCUGAGAGAGUCAAGGAAGAGCUGGAAGGGAAGGAGAGGGAGCUAUCAGAUCUCAGGAAAGAAAUGGGAGAAAUGAGGAGCGUCUAUGAAAAGGGGAAGUCUGAGGAGUACGAGCUGAAGAUGGAGAAGAGGAGGAUGAAGGAGGAGCAGGAGAAGGCUUUAGAGAAGGUAGAAGAACUAAACAGGCAGCUGAAAGAAAACCAGACGUCUCUUAACAGGAUGGUGAAGGAGAAGGAUACUCGUAUUGAAGCUUUGAAGCUGGAGAAGAAUCAGCUUGAAGUUGAGCUGUCCCAGGCAGAGAGAACACUAUCAGAGCAGGUCAGACAGUACCAGCAGACCAUAGAGGAACUGACCCGAGCCCGAUCCCUGGACGCCUCAGCUCUGCAGACCGAGCACGAGACUGCAAUCAAACUAAACCAGGAGAAAGAUCUGGAGAUCGCCAAGCUGAGGAGAGACAUGGACCAGCUGGCGUCAGACCAUAGAGACACUAACGAGAUGCUGUCAAUCACAGUCGCAGGGCAGAAGCAGCUGACGGACCUGCUCCAGGAGAAGGACGCCUUUGUGGAAACCUUGAAGCAAAACGCUGCAGAUUUACAGAAGGAGAUGGAGAACAGGGAAUCUGUCAUGUGCAAAGAGGUAGAAAUCCUCAAACAAGCGAUGGAGGAAAAGGAUAAACAGCUGGGUGGGAUGAAGGAGGAGAACAGCCAUUUGAAAGAGGAGAUUGAUCGACUGAAGGAUCAACAGAGCAGACCUCAGCCUCUGGCUGAACCCAAAACACUGGAUAUCAUUACAGAGCUGGAGGCGGAGAUCACCCAGCUGAAAUCCUCCAGGAAUGGUUUGGAGGAAGAGCUUCGGUCCCUCAAAAGAUCGUUGGAGGAGCAGCAGGUCUCUAUGCAGACGCUGCAGAGCGAGCUUGAACAGGCCCACAGCCGCCAUCAGCAGACCGCUCUCAACUAUGACCGACUCAUUCAUGCCAAAGAUGAAGAAAUAACCCGCCUCCAGCAAAGUUUGGAUCUGCUCAGUGAGGGUCACCUUCCAGCUUUCCAGGGACAAGUUAUCCUCCAGGAGGAAAAGACGCAAUCUCUAAACCAGGAGAACGGCAAUGAGAAGCACGACCUGUCCAAGGUUGAGAUAGAGAAACUGGUUCGUGGCAUCAAGGAGAAAGAGACUGAGAUCAGCCAGCUGAAUGAGAAGAACCUGUCACUCACCAGGCAGCUGGAUCAGCUGGUGGUCUCUCACAACGAAGUUGGCAAACUCUCUCAAUUGAUCCAACAGAAAGAUCUGGAAAUCCAGGCGCUUCACGCUCGGGUCACGACGGGACACAACCAGGACGUAAUUUAUUUACAACAGCAGCUGCAGGCGUUCGCCGUGGAGAGAGAGCAGAUGUUAGCUGUUCUUAAUGAGAAGACCAGAGAGAACAGCCAGCUCCGGUCCGACUACCACCGCCUCAUGGACAUCGUGGCCGCGAAGGAAGCCGCUUUGGCGAAGCUUCAGCAGGAGAAUCAGCGCCUCUCCAACAUGAGCGAUCCCUCUGGAAGCCAAGAAAUGUUCAAGGAGACAAUCCAAAACCUGUCUCGAAUUAUCAGGGAGAAGGACAUCGAAAUUGAUGCUCUGACUCAGAAGUGUCAAACCUUAGUGACCGUCUUGCAGUCUACAGGAGGCGAGCCAGGCGCUGCAUCUGGGGGGGUCAGCAGCAACCAGUUUGAGGAGCUGCUCCAGGAAAGGGACAUGCUGAAGCAGCAGGUGAAGAAGAUGGAGGAGUGGAAGCAGCAGGUGAUUACAACGGUCAAGAACAUGCAGCACGAGUCCGCACAGCUGCACGAAGAGCUGAUCGCGCUGCAGAGCCAGGUCUCUGCCGACAGCGACUGUAGCUCCAAGCUGUCUGUGGACUACGCUCGUUUGAUCCAAAGCUAUGAGCAGAAGGAGAAGAGGCUGGGAGGUCUGAGCCUUGAACUUGCACAGGUCCAGCAGACCAUCAGUCAGCUCAGCACCACCAAGGACGUUCUGCUGGGUAAACUGGAUAGCGUUGUGCAGACCCCUGAGGCGGCGGCCACCCAGUCGAGCAGUCGCUCUCUAACAGCCGAGGCCCAAACACAACAGAAUGUCUCUCCUAUAAACGACAACCUGCGGAGAGAUGCUGAAGCUCUGCAAGCACAACUGGCAGAGAAAGAAAACCUGAUAAGGACACUUCAGGAAAACAACCACCGGCUCUCCAACGCAGCGUCCAACUCGGAGAGCGAACAGAAGAGCCAGGCGGAGGAGGUUCGUCAGAUCCGAGAGAGACUGGAGUCCCUGCAGAGGUCCGUUAGGGAGAAAGACCUGCUCAUAAAAACCAAAGGAGACCAGUUCAGCCAAGUGAGUGAAGCGUUGCGCAACCGUGAAAACGACAACGAGGUGUUAAAGCAGGCCGUGACCAACCUGAAGGAGCGUGCCCUCAUCUUGGAAAUGGAUGCGAAAAAGCUGAAGGAAGAGAACGAGGCGGUGGCUGCUCGCUCUCGAGAAAAGGAGUCUGAGUUUAGAGCUCUACAGGAAACAAACAUGCGAGUUUCUCUUCUGCUCAGAGAGAAGGAGUUUGAACUAAGUGCAAUAAGCGAGAAGGCGGCCACGGUGGAGAGGAUGCUGAAGGACAAAGAGCUGGGUAAAUCUGGGGAGCUGAACCAACUCCUGAAUGAGCUGAAGUCCAUGCAGGAGAAAGCGGUGAUGUUCCAGCAGGAGAGAGAUCAAAUGAUGAUGGCACUUAAGCAGAAGCAAAUGGAAAGCACGGCACUUCAGUCUGAGUUGCAGCAUACCAGGGAAAAAGAGCAACGCCUCAACCUGGAGCUGGAACGGCUGCGGAACCACCUGUUGGAGAUUGAAGAUUCGUACACAAGAGAAGCCCUUGCUGCAGAGGACCGAGAGACAGAGCUGCGCCGGCGGGUGGCACUGCUGGAUGAGAAAUUGGCCACAUCCUCAAAUGCUGUGGAAAAUGCCAGCCAACAGGCCAGCAUGCAGGUAGAGUCGCUACAGGAACAGCUGAGCAAUGCGGUGAAGCAGAGAGACGACACACUCGCACAACUUAGAACCUCUCAGGAACAAGUCCGACAGUACGCAGUAUCGCUCUCCAACCUGCAGAUGGUGCUAGAGCAAUUCCAACAAGAGGAGAAAGCCAUGUACUCUGCAGAACUUGAGAAGCACAAAAAGGAGAAGGAUGAGUGGAGAAGAAAAGCUCUCCUGCUGGAAGACCAAGCGUCUGCCCUUCAGGUAAACUUAGAUGAAGCCAACGCUGCUCUAGAUUCAGCAUCUCGUCUCACGGAUCAGAUCGAUCAGAAAGAAGAGCAAAUUGAGGAGCUAAAGAAACAAGUGGAAGUGAGGCAGGAGAUGUUGGAGGAGGCACAAAAGAAACUCAUGAACCUUCUGAACAGCACAGAAGGAAAGAUAGACAAGGUUCUGAUGCGCAACCUGUUUUUGGGCUACUUCCACACACCCAAAACGAAGCGGGCCGACGUGCUUAGGCUCAUGGGAAGUGUGCUGGGACUGAGCCGAGAACAAGUCGAUCAGAUGUUGGAGGACGACGGACGCCACGGGGUUACUGGUUGGGUAUCAAGCUGGCUGGGAGGCAGAGGAGCGCAAAGUGUCCCAAAUACUCCACAAAGGCCGACCAGUGGGCAGGGCCUGAAUUCUUCGUUCUCUGAGAUGUUUGUAAAGUUCUUGGAGAUGGAGUCGACCCCGUCCCUUCCGGCGCCAAGGCUUCCGGUCCAUGACAUCAAGCAUCUAAACGCCCCGCCUCCCGGGAGAAGCGGUGGCUCUACUUCAGGCAGCACAGGAGCUACGGCUGGUUUGAGGCGAGCUGGUGAAUCCAAUCCUUUCCUGGCUCCUCGUUCCGCUGCGGUGCCGUUGGUGGCUGGUUCCGGCUCUGCUGGCUCAGGCCACCUGUUGAUGAAGCCCAUCAGCGACGCUCUGCCCACCUUCACCCCUGUGCCUGUCUCAGCUGAGGCCAGUGCUGGAGCUGUGCUCAAAGACUUACUAAAUCAGUGAUGAGCUCGACUACAAGUGCCACACAGAUGUCUUAAUUUAUCCAACAUGAAUUCAGUCUAAAAGACUGAGGUAUUUGAGCAUCUCUGCUCUCUAUUACUGCUCAUUUUACUUCGAGCAAUAAGAAAUGAUCUGACAGUACAUUAAAGCAAAAAAAAAUACUUUGAAGCUAAAGCAGGACUCUUUAAGGUUCGAUUUCACUCUAUGCAAAACACUUUCUACACAUGAGUGAAACCGUUUAUUCCUCAGUGUAACUUACACUUCUGGACUUGCAAAUUGACUUCCAAUACAGAAAGAAAGAAAUGAAAACCUUUGUUAAACCCGUGUUAAACAUCCAGAGUAAAUCCAACAGAUUCUGAACAAAAGUGACCUUAUGAACUUUUGCAGUUGAAAGUGUCGGCUGAGCAUCCAUAUGCAAGAGGAAACCUGCCCCUCGAUUUGCAUUUUAACAGCUUGUAUUUUCUUGUUCCCUCAGCAUUACAAUUAGUUUAGUUUCUUCUGAUCCAGGAUUCAACUCAAAGCUCUGGCUGCAGCACACUACAUGGAGAUUUAUGUGGGUCGGUACAUCUGUUCAAACCAUAAGGAUUUUUUUUUUUUUUUUCCGUUGGAAAGUCUUGUGUUUUCCAGACAGCCAGACUUUGAUAUGCAACAUGCACAAUUAUGGCUGCUGACUGUGGUUUUAUCAGACUGCUCUUUAUGUUCACAUAUUGCACCAUUAUAGAUACAUAUAUGUAAAUUGGUAUUAUAUAUUUCGCUUUUUUUUUUUUUUUUUUUUUUUUUCUUCCAGUUAUAGGCACAAAAGAAGGGUUGGAAGUCAAGUGCCUGCAUUUCUGUAAAGUGAAUAGUUGUAUAAUCAGAAAUGUAAAUGUUUAAUAUAAAUAUAUAUAUAUAUUUACAAAAUGUAUAAAAUAAAAACAAAGAGUGAAGUUUUGGGUAAUCUGAUCAGUGGAGGCCAGCAUGUGACUGUGCCGCUCCACAUUUUUGUACAGGCAUCAAUCAGCCACUGCAGGAAUGUUACACAGGAUGAGUCCAGGUGUGUUGAUGAAAUGUAAGAACUCUAAAUCCUGACUGGUACCGGUAAAUUCUGUUUUGUUUUGUUUUUUGGUUGAUUUUAUGUUUAUUUUUUUCUGUGGAUGGGUGUAAAAAAAAAAAUGUUGAAACAGAGAGCUAAGCAUUCGCUUUUCCUCAGACGUUCUGUUAAAGUCGAUACCCAUGAUGCCCUGAUUGGGAUUUGACAUUAAAUAAAGGCGCCACGUUGGUGA